GUCGCGACUCUGAGCCUAGGCUGCCCUCUAGAUCUAGUCCAUGUAGGCAGAGGCGAGAAAUCAAAACCUCACCUCGCCAGUUUGACCCUCGCUGCCGCCCCCGUCGUCGCGCAGUUUUGUAUCAAACGCCCCAUCUUCUGACGUUUUCUUUUGAUACCCCUCGUUGUAGUCCUUUUCUCCUCCUUGGUGACUGUCGACUGUCACUUGUAUUGAUUGACGGAAAUCUCGACGAUAAGAACACAACAGCCAGCCAGCCAGCCAGCCCUCUUGACUGCAUCGACCGCACGGCAGCCGCAGCCUCAGCUUCUGCUCCCGCUCCCGCUCCCGCUCCUGCUCUGCUUGCCCACCUGGCCCCACACUUUUUUCCUCCUCCCCAGCAACCCAGCACGCUGCGUCGCGACAUCUGGACCCACGAACGUCGACACGGCAGCACAGCUCAGCACGGCACCGACCCCGACCCCAACGCCCACGGCUCGCACCACAUCGCCCAGCCCAGCACAGCACGCCCACAAGGUCCCACGCCCACGCCCACGCCCACGCCCACGGUCCACGGUCCACGGUCUACGGUCUACGGCCCACGGUCCAAGCUCGACAACGACGGCUACCUCUGUCCGCAUCGACCUUAGACAAAUACAGCACAUCCUCGAUCCGUGUCCGCAAAACCCCAUCCCCAUCCUCCUCUCCUCCUCGCCGUCUACCAGUCAGUCACAUUAGAAUGGCCAAUCAACCUCCCCGCCACCCCUACAACAACCCCGGUGGCUACGGCCUUGCCAACGGUGCACCCGGCGGCGCGCCCCAGGCCGUGCCAGCUCCUGGUGCCACCCCCCUCCUGCCAAACCAGGGCCGCAUCCUGCAGUCUGGUCCCAUCCGAGUCCUCUGUGUUGCCGACGUUCGAGGUAACCUGCGAUCCCUCAACGAUCUCGCGAAGAAAGCAGGUGCCGACUAUAUCGUCCACACUGGCGACUUUGGUUUCUACGAUGACUCUUCGUUGGAGCGCAUUGCUGAGAAGACCCUGAAACAUGUUGCCCAAUACUCUCCUCUCAUCUCCGAACCCGUGAAGAAGGCUAUCGCUCAGGGCGGCCCUGGCUCGGUCAAGGCUAGGUUCCCUGCAAACGAGCUGCCGCUCUCUGAGCUUCCCCUCUUCAUCACACCGCAGAAUGGGGGCAGCCCGACCUUCGAGCUGGAGAUCCCCGUCUAUACCGUCUGGGGUGCCUGCGAGGAUGUCCGGGUCUUGGAAAAGUUCCGAUCGAGGGAGUACAAGGUCAAGAACCUACACAUCAUUGACGAAGCCCAGUCCAUGCUGCUCGAAGUCGGUGGUGUCAAGCUGCGCCUGCUCGGCCUUGGAGGAGCUGUCGUUAUGCACAAGCUGUUCGACAACGGAGAGGGCAGGACGACUAUCGCAGGCGGCCAGGGUACUAUGUGGACAACGCUGCUGCAGAUGGGCGAGCUGGUCGACACGGCCAACCGAGUUUACGAUCCUACCGAGACCCGCAUUUUCGUCACACACGCCUCGCCAGCGCGCGAGGGUAUUCUGAACCAGCUGUCGGUGACCUUGAAGGCAGACUUCUCCAUAUCUGCUGGGUUGCACUUUCGGUAUGGCAGUUCGUACAACGAAUUCAGCGUCAACCCAACCCUGGAUCACUAUCGCGGCAAGCUGGCGGCGAGCAAGGCCUCCUUCAACGACGUCUGGGAGACCGUCAAGAACGAGGUCGAGCCUGCCAUCCAGGCCAACGAGGCGCAGCAGAACCUGCUGAAGAAUGCGCUUGGAGUGGUCGAAAAGAUGCCCACCCAGGCUGCUGGUGGCAACCCCUUCGGGAAUGCCGGAGGUCCCGCCACCUUGGGCCAGGUGGACGAGAGCGCAUUCAAGAACAUGUGGAACUUCAACCUCGCGGACGCUGCCUUCGGUUGGCUCGUGCUAGAGGUGCACGACGGCCGCAUCGGAACGGAGAUGAAGGCCCAAGGCUUCAACUUUAGUCACCGCGGAGCUAAGCAACAACCUCCUGUCCCUUCUGCCCCCCAGUCUGUCGUCGGCGCUGCACCACCUGCCGCACCCGCCGCCCAAGCACCAGCGCCUGCACCUCAACGACAGCCCUCGCAACCUCAAGCGAAACCUUCCCCCGUUCCAGCCCAAGCGAAACCUGCCACACCUGCACCUGACACGCUCCCAAGCAAGGAGAAUGAGAAGCCCGCGGGUGCAAACGGCCACGCUCCCGAGUCCGCGCCCUCUCCGGCCCCGAAGAGGGAUGAGAUUAUCGGCCUGUUUGUCAUGAACGCGACAGGAGACGAGGAGCUGCGCAAGCUAUUCGCCGAGGAAGAUCAGCCCAAGAUCUCUGAGAUUACCAAGUGGGGCCAGAUGAACAGGGUAAUCCAAUUCAAGACUACCGAGGAUCGUGACGGAGCUCUGGAGCGGCUAGCCGAUGAAUUCAAGACGCGAUCGCAGGAGGACCGAUCAAAGCCUCUGAUCAAGCUCUUUGAGCGGCGCGAGACAGGCGCAGGUCGGAACUUCACGAACCGUGGUGCAGGCACGUGGGGCAGCAGCCGUGGCGCCUCUAGCACGGGCGGACCUCGGAGCGGGUACCAGAGCAGCGGCGCUGGCGGCACGGCAUCUGAUAGUGAAGGCGGUGCCGGACGCCGUGGUGGACGCGGUGGCCGUGGUGGACGGGGAGACCGAGGCGGCCGCGGGGGCAGAGGAAGGGGCGCAUUGAAGGGUGAGGGCGGCGGAAACGGUUCGCCUGCGCCUGCGGCAGCCACGCCUGCCGAGUCGUAGGACUUCUCCCAGACAACGGAGUCUCGAAGAAAGAAGAGACAACGGCUGCGUUGAGGCGCUGCAGGAGCUCGGACCCAGUCAGGGGGCCAACGGGCUGGCUGCUUCUACUGGAGGGAUGGGACGGCGAAGGGCCUAAUUUUCUUUCCUGACCCUUCGGCCUUACUACCUUGCUACCACACUGUCACAUUAUUUGCGGCCUUUUGACCUGAAGAAAAUCAUUUUGACGCGGCAUGUCAAUGGCUGCCCGCAGAUCCCGUUUCAUAGGUUAGGUUUAGGUUGAUGACAUUUUCACAGAGUGUGAGAGGGGGAGGAGUCAGAACAGACACAGGAAAGAGAAAAGCACGAUGUUCUAAUUCUGUUUCGCUUUGUAAUUUGUCCACCACUCUCCUGAUUUCAUCCCUCUGUUGUUUUCGUCUUCGGCCUACUUAUCAUGUCUGGCAAGUAUAACCUGUGUGUCUGUCUGCCUUUCCGCUCUGGGACCUGGGUUCAAAUGUUAGUCCUCUACACUGUACCAUACCUUCAUCUACACAUACCGGUUUUUCGAGGCUUUGGAGGCAUAGAGAAGUGAGUUUGGUUGGGGGUUGGCAUCGGAUGGAAUAAAGUGUAACGAAAAGGCGGGAAAGGAAAUUCAAAAUCAU